AUGUUUGUUGGAAGAGAACAGGACCUGAAGGAAACCAUCCAAAGAGAGGAGAAGAGACAACAGGAGCUGGACCAAGUAAGACUAGAAGAGAAUCGGAUCCGCUGGAGAAGUCUGUUGUUCCUCAGCCUCAACCAGCGUACAGCGAAGCAUGCUCUAAGUGACUUGAUUGAAAUCUUAGAUCUACAUAGGUGGCUUUCAUCAGAAAAAAUGAAAAAUGUGAAAUAUUCUGAAUUAUUAUCAACUGUUAUAAUGUACACUGGUAAUGAAUUAAAUGGAUGCCUUGGAUUUUUUGUCACUUUUCCCUUGAUACAUCCAGAUAAAGUCUAUCUAAAUUCUACCACUAUUCGAUCGAUUGGCAUGGUAGUGAAAGACCAGGUAAUUAAAUGGGAUCAUCUUACCGGAUACAUGACCUUAAAGGGUACUGAGACCUUGUUUACCAGUCGCACUUCUUGUCAUGAGACUCACAACUAUGUUGUCUGUACAUGUAACACAUUACAACCUUUUUCUUCCAAUGAGAGCAAGCUUAUAAAUGUUCAAUCGUUACACGGUCACUCUGAUGCUAUUCAGGUGUCUCACACACAGUGGUGUGUCGUCAGUGAGAUGAAUUCAUUCACAUAUGGAGGACUGACCUGUCCUGCUAACCACUCGUUUUGUUUAGAGGCAACCGAGGAUUUCUCAAUGGGCCAGAUUAACAUCCUUGGAAGGAUGCCACUGGAUGCAGAAAUUUCCCCAUGGUGGGAUGACACCUUCUAUGAACAAGGAACACAGGCCCUGGUUGACAUGAUGGACUUGGAGCAAAGAAUCAUCUCACAGACUGAAUACCACCUCUCACAAGCACAGGUAGAGACAAACCUGGCUCAGAAAACUGCAAAAAUCCUGUCCAGCUCAUCUACCCGUUCAGCCCUGAGUGCCUACACAUGCCUCUGAAUACUGCAGGGGUGUGCUGUCGGCAGUGCCCUCAUCUUCGCCUUCACAUUGUUCCAAUGCUGUUAUUUCAGAUGCCUCAUCAGAUCUCUCCGAGGAGAAGCCUUACACCUGCUCUCGCUGUGGAAAGAGUUUUACUCAUAAAAGCACUUUAAAUGCCCACAUGACAAUUCACACUGGAGAGAAGCCGUUCACAUGCAAACUGUGUGGAAAUAAUUUCGUUGGAAAAGGAAGCUUUAACAUGCACAUAAGGAUUCACACCGGCGAGAAGCCUUACACAUGCCCUCAGUGUGGAAAGAGUUUCACUCAACAAGGAAACUUUAACAGCCACAAGAGAGUUCACACUGGAGAGAAGCCGUUCACAUGCAAACUGUGUGGAAACAGUUUCACACGACAAACAAGCUUUAAAGGGCACAUGAGAAUUCACACCAGAGAGAAGCAUUAAACCUGCAAACUGUGUGGAAGAACUUCACAACAAAACUAAACCUUAACUAUCACAUGAACAGUCACAUGGGUGAGAAGCCGUUUACAUGUGAUCAAUGUGGAAAGAGUUUCACACGUAAAGUGACCUUUUACGUGUCUUCAGUGUAAAAUGUGUUUCACAUAUCAAAAAGACCUCAAACAUCAUUGUGGCAAGCAGGGCGGGGCCGAGAGCCGUGGGAAGGGAGCGAGGCCUCGAGUUUCAUGGA